CUGGAUCCAGUUGGAGCUGAGACCCCGAGCUUAGCAGGUCUAUUUUACUUUUCUUCUCAAGAAAACUUCCACACUUUUCUCAAUUUCACUCCGCAUUAACGACGACAAUAACAAUACAAUAAAUAUUUAAAUUUAUCGUCAUCGUCAUCAUCAUCAUCAUCAUCAAUUAUUUUAGAAUUCUUGAUUGAGUUUUGAUAUUGAUUAAUAAGUCGUUCGAGUUCGUGAACACUCAACAAGUGAUUUAAUUUUUUUUUUUAUUUAAGCAAUUUAAAACUUUGGUUGGUGUUGUGAUUUUUUAUUUUUUAUUUUAAACACUAAAUGGCUGUUAGUACCCUCAACAUGACACCGUACUUCACUGGAUAUCCUUUUCAAGGACAAGGACGAGUUAAUCAAUUGGGCGGCGUGUUCAUCAAUGGUCGUCCUUUGCCGAACCACAUACGGCUCAAGAUUGUCGAAAUGGCAGCUGCUGGUGUAAGACCCUGUGUUAUUUCGCGACAACUACGCGUGUCUCACGGCUGUGUCUCGAAGAUACUCAACAGAUACCAAGAAACAGGAUCUAUUAAACCUGGUGUAAUUGGUGGCAGUAAACCGCGCGUCGCUACUCCAGAAGUCGAGGCUAAGAUCGAAAAUCUUAAGCGAGAGAAGCCCGGAAUUUUCACCUGGGAAAUUCGGGACCACUUGAUAAAGCAGGAAGGAGUCUGUGACAAAACGUCGGUGCCGUCAGUAUCAAGCAUCUCGAGGCUCUUACGUGGACCAACGAGCCAAACACGUCCCGGUGAUGAUCCAAGACGCAAUCAUUCUAUUGAUGGAAUUCUCGGUGGUAGCAGCGGUGAUGACUCCGACAUAGAGAGUGAGCCGGGAAUAGCGCUAAAGAGGAAGCAGAGACGCAGCAGAACAACAUUCACCGGAGAACAGUUGGAACAGCUUGAAGCUGCCUUCCACAGGACUCAGUACCCCGACGUUUAUACCAGAGAAGAAUUGGCUCAAAAAACUAAAUUGACAGAAGCACGAGUCCAAGUGUGGUUUAGCAAUCGGCGAGCGCGUUUACGUAAACAGCUGAACAGCCAGCAGUUGAAUGCCUUCAACACGAUGAGUCUUCAAUCCUUCCAAACCCAGCACGGGUAUCCAAGUGGUGCCGACAGCUACCAAAGCUACGGUCAGGCCUCAGUAGCUGCGGCUGCAGCAACCACAGCGGGGUAUCCUCAACACUACAAUUAUGGUGAAAACUACUACGGCGCUGCACAGCAACAGUGGCCUCGAGCGACACCCGAAAACUACGGCCUUUUUAAUAGUUCACAUUAUGGAAGUACAAACCUGACAUCAAAUUUAUCACCGAGCAAUCUAAAUCUCGGAGGUCUGGGUGGCAAUGUCAGUCCGACAGGUUCUAAUAUGAGCGCUUGUAUGGUCCAAGGGACAACAACUACUGUAUCAAACGGAAUGGGGCAUCAUCAUCAUCACGUGACACCUCACAGCCCGAGUGAAGCCAAAAGCGGUUACCCGUACCUGGGCGCUAUUGAUUCACAAGUCUGCGGGCGCAUUCACUGAAAUCGAAAAUUAAUUACCCGGAUAAUUUAACAUAUCUAUCAAUAAACUUUAUUUCCUAUUUGAUUAAUUAAUUAAUUAUUAACUGACUAACUAAUGUACUUUGGAUACCAGUGACUUAUUUAUGGAUUUAAUAAUAAUAGUAAAUAAUAAAUAAUUAAUAUUAAUAAUGAUAAUUAAUAAUUAAUUGAUGAAAUAGAUGUAGAA